UCUGUUCCCGCCCCACUUCGAGAGAAGAUGGCGUUGCCGGAGCCUGUGAGAAGGCGACUCCAGGACUUGUCUCUGACCGUGUUUACCGACCAAAACCGAACCGUGCCGAGUCCGGACGGGAAUCUCAUAACAUUGCCGCGAGAUCAUGAAGUGGCCUCGAACCUGCCUCUCCAGAUGUCUCUAUAUUUCAACGCCUUCUUCUUUCCUUUCUGGUGGAUCUCCGAGGUCGUGAUGCUGGACUUAAAGUACCCGGCCCUGCAGGAUUACUACAAGUUCAUCCUGGUCACUGUGCUGGUUGUGAUGACCGCCAUUGAGCUGAUCAGACUCUACCUGGGCUACACAGGGAACCUGCAGGAGAAGGUUCCUGAACUGGCUGGAUUCUGUCUCCUCAGCCUCUUGCUGCAGCUCCCGUUGAUUCUGUUCCAGCUCUUCAAUGAAGGGAACCUAAUCCUGCCUCUGGAGAGAGCUGUGCACAUCGUGCUGGCUUUAUUCAUAGCACUGGAGGUGCUGUGUGCGUUCCUGGCUCUGCGCUCCAUGGUCAGGUUGUUGGAGAGCCGGUUUCACCUGCGCCAGUUCCACGGGAUUCAGGAGCUGAGAGCCGAGGAGGAGGGAGGCAGCGCUGUGAGGACCUGAGAGAGAGAGAGAGGGAGGGAGGGAGGGGGAGAGACACAA